GCCGCAGGGCCGCUGAGUCGCCGCGGCGCGGAGAAAGCGGGUUCCCCUAGGGCUCGGCGAGGGUCGUGCCGGGGGUACCGGGGCGCCGGGCGGGGCGGCAUGGCGUCUCGGGCGGGCCCGCGAGCGGCCGGCACGGACGGCAGCGACUUCCAGCACCGGGAGCGUGUCGCCACACACUACCAGAUGAGCGUGACCCUCAAGUACGAGAUCAAGAAGCUUAUCUAUGUGCACCUGGUCCUGUGGCUGCUGCUGGUCGCCAAGAUGAGCGUGGGACACCUGAGGCUCCUGCCGCAUGACCAGGUCGCCAUGCCCUACCAGUGGGAGUAUCCGUACCUGCUGAGCGUGGCGCCCUCGCUCCUGGGGCUGCUGUCCUUCCCGCGCAACAACAUCAGCUACCUGGUGCUCUCCAUGGUCAGUACGGGGCUUUUCUCCAUCGCCCCGCUCAUCUACGGCAGCAUGGAGAUGCUCCCUGCCGCCCAGCAGCUCUACCGCCACGGCAAGGCUUACCGCUUCCUCUUCGGCUUCUCCGCCGUGUCCGUCAUGUACCUGGUGCUGGUGCUGGCAGUCCAGGUGCACGCCUGGCAGCUGUACUACAGCAAGAAGCUCCUGGAUUCCUGGUUCACCAGCACACAGGAGAAGAAGCGCAAGUGAGGCCUCCCCAUGGCCAACCCCAAUGAGGAGGGUGAGCGAGGACGAGGAGCUGGGCUGCAGUCUCCUCUAGGGGUUUGGCACCUCGUGCCAACCAGGCCCAGGUUCUGGGCAGCUGCUUCUGUGCCAGCCACUGCGGGGGCCACAGUGACUGGUCCCCCAUGGCCAGCCUGGAGCAGCCAGCUGCUAUGAAGCCAGUGGCAACGUGAGGGUCCUGUCAGACAGCUGGCCCUUGUCCCACCUCCGCCCAUCUCCCCUUCACCAUCGUGACCGCAGGGGACUAAGAAUAAAGUCAGUGCUACUUCGGAUUAUAGUUCAUGGGGCAGCAGAUUCAGACAGCUUUUGCCCCUGCAGGCUGUGGUCUGUACUACAAAGCGUUUUUUUAAUAAAAAGAACCUCAGUAAA